AUAUAAGUUAAGUCUUUCUCACUUUGCACAACAUCUCUAUGUGCUAAGGCAUCUCUUUCUCUCCCUUUCUCACCAAAUACUCUCUCAAUUUCUCUCUGCCACUCUCUUUCUCUAGAGAUUUUCAUAAUGAAAGGUACCAAGAAGAAGACGCCAUGCAACAAAAAGCUUGGAGGAUACUUGAAAGAGCAAAAGGGAAGGCUUUACAUCAUCAGAAGAUGUGUGGUCAUGCUCAUUUGUUGGCAUGACUAAUUUACAACUUAUAUGUGUUAUAUAUACAUGCAUAUGCACAUGCAUAUUAUAGACAAUAUCUACGUUGUACUACAACGGUUUGAUUGAAGAAAGGGAUCGGAUCUUCGUGGUUGUGGCGAUUUGUGAUGUGAGCGGAGUUCGCAAGAUAGAGAUAUAAGGGCUUCCAACCAUUCAUAUCAUGUAUAUGAGUUUUUACUCGUAUAUGAGUUAAGAUAAUAAUUUUUGAGUUAGUAUGAAAAUUUAUAUGUAGAAUCUUCUCUAAUGUUAGUGUAUGAUAUAGAGUAAGGAGAGAAAAAUUAUAAGCUUAGUUUGUAUAUGCACACAGAGAGUAGUUGUUAGUUGAAUUUCCUUGUCUCUAAUUAAUCCAAGUCUUCCUUCUUGUUAUGACAUUUAACAAUAAUAAAAAUAAAGAUUACAAGUAAAA